AGCUAGAGACUCCCGGCACAGAAGGCUCCCCUCCACAGCUUUGACCCUCCCUGGGAAUUGAACCCAGCUCGCCUGCUGUUGUUGCUGAGAUGGCUGAGGAAGUGAUUGUGCCCGUUUAUGCCUCCGGGAUUUCGGCGCAGCUGCAGAAGCAACGUGACCAAGAGCUGGGUGUUGGGAAACACGAAAAUGCAGUUAAAUUUCUGGGACAAGAUUAUGACCGGAUUCUCCACGAGUGCCUGCAAAACAGGACCCUCUUUAAGGACGACACUUUCCCACCCUCUGCUUACUCUCUGGGCUUUAAGGAGCUCGGCCCAAACUCAUCCAAAACCUAUGGAGUAAAAUGGGUUCGGCCUUCGCAACUCGUCUCCAACCCACAGUUUAUUGUCGAUGGUGCCACAAGAACAGACAUCUGUCAGGGAGCCUUGGGUGACUGUUGGCUCCUCGCUGCUAUCGCCUCCCUCACAUUAAAUGAUACAAUCCUGCACCGUGUAGUACCACAUGGCCAGAGCUUUCAGGAUAAUUACGCUGGUGUCUUUCAUUUUCAGCUGUGGCAGUUUGGCGAGUGGGUCGAUGUGGUUAUCGAUGAUUACCUCCCUGUUAAAGAUGGAAAACUUGUGUUUGUGCAUUCGGCUUCCGGGAAUGAAUUCUGGAGUGCCUUGCUGGAGAAGGCCUAUGCCAAGGCCAAUGGUUGCUAUGAGGCUCUUUCUGGAGGCAGCACAUCAGAAGGUUUUGAGGAUUUUACAGGAGGUGUUACUGAGUGGUAUGAGAUGAAGAAAGCACCAAAAGAUUUAUUUAGCAUUAUCAUGAAGGCUGUGGAGAGAGGUUCCCUCAUGGGCUGUUCCAUUGAUAUCACUAGUGCCACUGAUAUGGAAGCUGUAACAUUCAAGAAGCUUGUAAAAGGCCAUGCAUACUCUGUUACUGGAGCCAAAGAGAUCAACUUCAGGGGUCGGAGCCAAAAGCUGAUUCGAAUGAGAAAUCCAUGGGGUGAGGUGGAGUGGACAGGUGCUUGGAGUGAUAAUUCAUCUGAAUGGAAUUCUGUGGAUGCAGCAGACAGUCAAGACUUGAGAAUAAAAAUGGAGGAUGGAGAAUUUUGGAUGGCUUUUGAGGACUUCCUUCGUGAAUUUUCUCGCCUUGAGAUCUGUAACCUCACACCCGAUGCACUCACUGCCCGCAAAUACCGCAAGUGGAACACAACCGUCUUUAAUGGGAACUGGAGGAAAGGUAGCACAGCUGGCGGAUGCAGAAAUUUCCCUGCCACAUUCUGGAUUAACCCACAGUUCAAGAUAAAAUUGGACGAGGAGGAUGAUGAUGAUGACUUCGGCUCAGAAAAAGGUUGCACAUUCCUGCUUGCACUUAUGCAAAAGGACAAACGCAAAGAGAGGCGCUUUGGGAAAGAUAUGGAGACCAUUGGAUUUGCAGUCUAUGAGGUUCCUUCUCAGUUUCAUGGACAGUCUGGUGUGCACCUAAAGCGGGACUUCUUCUUACAAAACGCCUCCCGUGCUCGCUCCGAGCAGUUCAUAAACCUGCGAGAAGUCAGCACCCGCCACAAACUGCCCCCCGGAGAAUACAUUGUGGUCCCUUCUACCUUCGAACCUAAUGUGGAAGGAGACUUUGUUGUUCGAUUCUUUUCUGAAAACAAGCAUGGCUCUGUUGAGAUGGAUGAUCCAUUAUCUGCUGACCUACCUCCUGAGGAAGUACUGAGUGAGGCUGAAAUCGAUCAAGGGUUCAAGAACCUUUUCAAGCAGCUGGCUGGUGCUGAUAAUGAAAUCAGUGCUACGGAGUUACAGUCCAUUUUAAAUAAAAUUAUGUCAAAACAUAAAGACCUUCGCACAUCGGGAUUUAGUUUGGAGUCGUGCCGCAGCAUGGUGAACCUGAUGGAUAAAGAUGGGAAUGGGAAAUUGGGACUGGUGGAGUUCAAUGUUCUGUGGAAUAAAAUUAAAAAUUACUUGACAGUAUUCCGAAAGUUUGACAUGGAUAAAUCUGGAAGUAUGAGUGCCUAUGAGAUGCGUUUAGCUGUGGAGUCUGCAGGUUUCAAGUUAACCAACAGUCUGCAUCAGCUCAUCAUCACCAGAUACUCAGAGCCUGAUAUGGCUGUGAAUUUUGAUAGCUUCACAUGCUGUCUCAUCAGACUGGAGACUAUGUUCCGUUUUUUCCAGGGUAUGGACACAGAGAAGAAAGGAGUGAUUCAUUUUGACAUUUUUAAAUGGCUCCAAAUGACAAUGUUCGCAUAGAAAAAUCCCAAUUCUGCAUGGGUUGGGUCCCCCAACGCUCCUGUGACUUUCUGCGAGUGCCUUUCAACUGCUGCUGCUGCUGCUACUGCUGCUGCUGUGGUGCCAAAGCAAUACUAUAAGGAUUUCUCUAUCUGCACUCUCAGGCAUCUGCUCCCACGUGGUAUCUGUUUUAUCACUCUCACAUCCCCUAUCAUUCCCCUUUCUCUACCCUACCAACCAGUAAGACUGCUCUUCUCUCACCUCUGUAGUUAGCGUGCAAAGAUAAUCUAUCCUCUUGUCACCAAAAUGUAUUUUGGGGAUACAAAUAUGCCUCUUUAGGUCAUGCCUGUGACCCAGAUAUCUGUAGUUACUCUUAUAGUGUCAUUUUGUACUGGAUUUUAGAUGCCAAAAAUAAAGGCUCAUUCUGUAAUGUG